AUGGUAGAUGAGACUCCUGAGGGACCAUCAGCGAAGAAGUCUCGACUUCACGAGUUCCAUUGUGAUCCCAGUGAUGAUGUCGUGAUAGUCUCGAAUGAUGAAGUGGAUUUUCGGGCCAGUAGAUAUCAUUUUUGCAGAGUAAGGGAGACUCCUCCUUGCACCAAAUCCUCUACAGACCUGCUUGAUAUCUCUCCACCUCCAUCACAAAAACGAGAUCCACUUCGCUCGACUUCCAUCUGA